GUGUUUGUCAUGAGUGUUGACUGUGAAUCUCUGUGUCCAAUUUAAUUAAGUCAUCAAUUUUUCUAAGAAAACAAAACAUACAUUUUUUUUAUUUUCGAAAUUUUGCAUUUAAAUUUAACGAAAUUUGUAGUUGCAUUAAGUUUUCCAAACGAAAAAAAAUAAUAAUAGUUAACCAAAAAGUAUUGUGUAUAGUGGUUUUUUUUUUUAUUAUACGGGGAUCAAAAAAAGCGAGACAGCAAUAAAAGAAGGAAUUCACACACACAAAAAAAAAGAAAAAAAUCGACGGCAAAGCUUUCUUGCAAGUAAUGUGGUGUUUUUCAUGCGACUUUGCUUCAACUAAUACAGAACCAAUGGCGGCCAUCCGCAAAAAAUUAGUUAUCGUGGGAGACGGUGCCUGUGGUAAAACUUGCCUAUUAAUCGUGUUUAGCAAAGAUCAAUUCCCAGAAGUGUAUGUACCAACAGUAUUUGAGAAUUAUGUGGCCGAUAUUGAAGUCGAUGGAAAGACGGUGGAACUGGCCCUGUGGGAUACCGCUGGUCAAGAAGACUACGACAGGCUUCGACCUCUCAGUUAUCCAGAUACAAAUGUCAUUCUAAUGUGCUUUUCUGUCGAUUCACCGGAUUCGUUAGAAAAUAUACCAGAGAAAUGGACACCCGAAGUUAAACAUUUCUGCCCAAAUGUUCCAAUCAUUUUAGUCGGUAACAAGAAAGAUCUUCGAAGUGAUCCAAACACAAUUAAGGAAUUGGCAAAAAUGAAGCAAGAACCAGUCAAGCCAGAGGAAGGUCGCGCCAUGGCUGAAAAAAUUAAUGCAUUCGCAUAUUUAGAGUGUUCGGCAAAAUCGAAAGAGGGUGUUCGUGAAGUAUUCGAAACAGCAACACGGGCUGCAUUACAAGUUAAAAAGAAGAAGAAGGCACGAUGUAAUUUACUCUAAAAGAGUUGCACAUGGAAAACAUAUACUUUUUUUUGUCUUUUUUUUUUGAAAUUAACACAUACAACAAGAUUUUAUAAAAUAACAUUAAAAAAAGAGAAAAAAAAAAACAAGAACAACAACGUAUUUACAACAAAAUCAGAUCCAACAACAACAACAAAAAACAAAGGACUUGUGUUAUGUGUCAAUAUAUGAGCGACAAAAUGGUUAAAAGGGAAUUUUAAAACAGAAAUAGAAGAAAAAUUGAUGAAAAAGAUAAAAACGAUGAGGAAGAGUAUAGAAAACAAAUUUGUCAACAACAUCAACUGGCAACAAUAACACUGAGAGUGUAGUGCUAAAUAGAGUAAAUUAUAUUGUCGUGGAAUAGAAGAAGAAAAAAAAACGAAG